AUGAGUAUACGUGUGCCUCCUGCAUAUUCCUACAUAUACGGUUCUGAAUAUCAAGAUGUUAAUGGUAUAUUUCCAGGAAAGCAUGAUCACAAUGUUCCUUGUGCAGUAUGUUAUACAUCUACUAAGAGUGUUAAACUGAUGAUUCCUGCUAAAAUAAGCUGUCCUUCAUCAUGGACUAGAGAAUAUAAAGGAUACCUGAUGGCUGACAAAUAUAACCAUGCUAGGAAUGCUGUCUAUGAGUGUGUUGAUGAGGCUCCAGAAUCCAUUGCUGGUAGUCACACUAAUGUUAAUGGUGCUUUGUUCUAUUUCAUACGAACAACCUGUAUUGGCCUACCCUGCCCACCUUAUGUUGUUGACAGGGUCAUUACUUGUGUUGUGUGUACCAAGUAA